AUGCCUCCAAAAAAGCAAAUAUUUACUAUUGAUCAAGAAUUUUUAUUGAUUGAUGCUGUAAAAAAUAGACCGCAGUUGUGGGAUGUUUCUCAUCCAACGUACAGAAGAAACGAUAUAAAAGAAGUCCUUUGGCAAGAAGUAGCAGAUCUUGUGGGGAUUCCAAAUAUAACAGCUGAAAUAGUUCGUGACAGAUUUAUUAAUAUGAGAACUACAUUCAUGAACAAUGAAAAGAGAAUAAGAGAAUCAAAACAAAGAUGCAGUGGUAAAGGUACCGAUGAGAUUUAUAAACCUAAGUGGUCAUUCUACACAAGUCUGCUAUUCUUAAAGAAAGCCUGUGUGCAAACAGAAAGCUCAUCAAAUCUUGAUAGUCUAAAAGAUGAUGGUCAGGCUGUCACUAACAUCAAUGAAAAUACGAACGAUAAUCUUGCAAAUUCAAUUAAUAAUAAUAUAUAUUUUGAUUUUAAUUUACAGGCAUUACAUCAAGAUGCCAGUUCUAUAGUUUCAAAUUCGUCUUUAGAACCCACAUGUAUACCUGUAUCUGCCAGCAGUAGCAGUACUUCAAUUGAAAAAGUUGGAGUUCCACAUACAUCUGUAUUAUCUGAAGAGUGUGUGUUAGACGUUACAAAUUCUGAAUUAAUUGCUUCUGAAAACUUACAAGAUUCUCGCUCUACAUGUACAUCUUCGCAAUCUUCAAAUUUAACUUCUAUGUCUCAAAAUGAAAAGCAAGCCAAUAAUUCAGUUUAUGUAAAGCGUGGCGCAAUGAAAAGGACAACUGUUAUGGAAGAAGCAGUGCAAGCAUUAAAAAGAAUAGGUAAUAGGAAAACGUCACAAGAUCAAAUGCAUCAACAAUCAUCACCUAGGAUUAAUGAUACUUGUGAAUAUCUGGGUUUAUUUGUUGCUGCUCGAUUAAGGGAGAUGGAACCAGAAAGACGUUUGUAUUAUGAAACAGAGAUUCUAAAAAUUCUUACUACUGUUCCCUCUAUUGAAACGCAGGAGAAAAAUACGUAA